AUGUCGGCGGGAGGGACGACCGCCGCCGGUGCGGCACCGCGCGGCUCCCGACGUCGGGAGCCGAUCUACUACUACCAAAGCCUCUCCGCAGUCGUUGACGGUGACGUGCGGUUCGGCGAGGGCUGCGUGGUGCUGCCACACGCGCGCAUUCGUGUCCCACGCGGCUAUCGGCUUCAUGUCGAGCCGUUCUGCCUCUUCGAGGACUUCGCCGAGCUCAUCUGCGACGGCGCCGCUGCUGCCGCCGAUCCGCGGCACGUGGGCGAAGCGCCACCCUCGCCAUCCACGAGGGCGGCGGUGGCACUGCACCUUGGAAGCCACAACCAUUUCCAUUCCUACGCUCGUGUGCGCUGCGCUGUCGCGACCGCCACGUUGGCGGCGACGGCGACAAGGACCCCAACGUGGCGGUUGAUGGGCCGCGGCAACGUUUUUCAUGCCUUCGCCUCCGUGGAGAUGACGCUGUCGCACCCCGUGUCAAGCCUGCGUGAUCCACCCACGCCGCAGCCGCGACACCCCUUUGGGGACUACAACGUCGUCACACCGUACAGCAGCGUCUCCCUGCAGCAGGGCACAUCUUUGCCUUCCCCCUCCUCGCCCGCGGUGCCGCGCCCGGCAGCAGUAAGCAUGCUCCAGCACGUCAUCAUCUUCUCCGGUGAAGCGAGGCACACCGAAGGCGCUGACGCAUCCGCUGCCAUGGCGACGAGCGCCUUCGGUGUGCCUCGCUUUGGCGCUCGCAGCGUCGCGGAGCUGCCAGUGGUGAUCCAGCGCAUCACCGACGAGGCGAAGGCGGCCCCACCGCCGACGGCGGAGAUGGUGGGAACGGCAGCGAUGCUGGAGCGCUAUAUCUCCGACGUGCACCCGGAUCUGCGCUCGCACGAAGAGAUGCGCAUCGUCACGGAGGUGGAGCAUGCGUGUCGCUGCUACAUUCACCAGCUCCUCGACGAUGGCGGACUACAGCCGGUCGAGGGGCCGUACUAA